ACCCGAGUUAGGCUGCCGAACAGUCUCCGCUCGUCCAGAAAGUCUGCUCAGGGAGACCGAUUAAGUGCCGAGACGAUUCGACUGGGGACAAGGGCGCGUGGUUGCGGGAGGGAUCGGGCUAUCCGGCGUUUGCCACCGUGGUCGUUGUUGAGCAAGGUUUCGCAUGUACCGUAACCUAAAUCGGACGGAGUACACACACGUACAGACUCGAUGAUACCUACGGGUGUACAUUUAUAUAUAGGUCUACAUACGCCGCGGGAUAUGUACAACUGCGAGGAUGGCUGCAAAUGCCAAAGCCGUUCGAUUAUCUCAUCAAGCUUUUGUUGAUCGGAGACUCAGGGGUUGGGAAAACGUGUAUACUGUGCCGAUUUGCUGACGAUUCUUACAACUCUACCUACAUCACCACCAUAGGAAUUGACUUCAAAGUUAAGACGAUUGAAUUAGAUGGGAAGCGAAUCAAACUCCAGAUAUGGGACACGGCGGGCCAGGAGAGAUUCCGGACUAUAACAACUGCCUACUACAGAGGGGCUAUGGGUAUUUUACUGGUGUACGACAUAACCAGUGAGAAGAGUUUUGACGAUAUUAAAGAGUGGAUGGCAAAUAUUGAAGAGCAUGCAGCUGACGGCGUGGAGAAAAUGAUCCUAGGGAACAAAUGUGAUAUGGACGAGAAACGAAAAAUCGCCAGAGAGAGGGGGACUCGGCUGGCCAUCAAUUAUGGGGUGAAAUUCACAGAGACAAGCGCAAAGAACAACGUUAACAUAGACGAGGCAUUCACAAUGCUAACCAAAGACAUCAAGAGAAAACUUGACAGACAAACUAUGAUUGGGUCUGGGGAGCAGUUUGAGGAUAGCAUAAGACUAAAAUCAGGCUCAUCCAAAAAGUCAAAGUGUGCCUGCUCCAGGUGACAUCCUCUCCUGUAGAGCCUCAUCGUAUAGGAACCAGGGUCAGGGCCUCAUCUGAACAGAGCCGCCAUGUUGGAAUGCAUGACGGGCAAUGACAGGAAUCCUUGAAAGGAAGCAAAUUUUGACAGAGUCGUGCAGAAUGAACAUUUUGUCCAACGCACAGGACCUGUAACAGCCGAAACAGGAAGGAACAAACUAAUUUACUGCUUUAAAAUGAUACAGAAUCGACCGUCAUUGACUGACAGUGAAUAAGCCAUGGUAAAGUUUGGAUAAAUUUGCCAUACUUGAAAAGCAUAAAACGUUAAGCAUAUAGCCUGGACCUGGCUAUCUCAGCAGCCAACCAACCACGGGCUGUCCUAAGCAUAUAGCCUGGACCUGGCUAUCUCAGCAGCCAACCAACCACGGGCUGUCCUAAGCAUAUAGCCUGGACCUGGCUAUCUCAGCAGCCAACCAAAUAUGGGCUGUCUAGUCCUUAAGCCUAAAGUGUUCCUGUUUGUUUUUAAGGCGAUUUUACAGCUUGAAACUGGAUAUGCCUUAUAUCCCAUCGUAAUUCACAACAAUUUUUUGAUCUCAAUCAUUUUAAUGACUGACUUAUUGUGUUAGUUAGAUCUUAUUGCCAAAUUAGAUCUUAUUGCCAAAAUGUUUGAGAUUGGUGUCAUAUAACACCAAUUCCUCUGUAUCUUUCUGCUUGUCUCUGUAGUCUCGUCCUGAGUUUAAGUCUCGAAGAAUAGACAAACAUUAGAGAGAAGCGGUUUAACGUAAAUCCGCUGACCGAGCAGUACGACAAGGUCUGUAGCACGUCUGUCCAGUUCUUCUCUGUAAGAGGUUUGUGAAUUUGUAAUAAUACAGAAGUAUGACGGGGGCUACUGAGUGAAUAUCGUGUGAAAAUCCGCUUCACAUUCUACAUUGAACAUCUGUAUCCGUUCUAAGCCGGUUUAAAUACCUUCUAAUGUUAUAGGGAAAUUUUCCGUUAAUUUGCGAAUGUAUUCGUCAGUCACUGUAUCCAAGACAGGUGAGGCAGUUGUGGAGUUAGGGACCAAUGGUUUUCCAGCCGAGAGAGGUUCUCAUUUUAACGUUUUCCAUUUGUUAUGAUUUCGCCGUGGCUAUAGCUACAUGUAUAUGUUUUUAAGUUUUGAAGACGGUAUUAUUCGAAGUCGUGCAAUACGCCCGCUUCUAUCACAUUAAGGUUUGUCUCAUGCUAUAUUAAGGUGUCAAAUAUUGUAUGUAAGCUGUGCCACGUCUUCCGUCAUACUUCUGCUGUCACUGUCAUUCCACGAGUAAAAUUUGUGCCUGUA